AUGUGGGUACCUGGACAUACUGGAAUCGAAGGCAAUGAGAGAGCCGACAGUCUAGCGAGACAAGGGUCAGAGGCGGCACCUAUUGGGCCAGAGCCGAUAGUGCCCUUAUCUAUGAGCACUUUACACAUGGCCAUGAGGCAAUAUAUAUCCAGGAAGCACAGAGCUGAAUGGGAAAGCUCCAACGGUAUGAGCCACUCCAAACUAUUCCUAGUUGGAAACACAAGAUCAUGGGAAAAGCUCAUACUCAAUGGAAACAGAAGGCAAGCCCGAGUGAUCACGGGUGCGCUGACAGGACACUACACUACAAACCACAUGCUCCACAAAAUGGGCCUAACUACGGAUGACAGUUGUCGAGCAUGUGGAGAACAUGCGGAGUCCAUGAAACACCUACUGUGCGAAUGUGACGCGCUAGCUAGAACUAGAAUGGGUCUCCUGGGGUCGGCUUAUCCGACACCAGAAGAAUAUAGGUCCUUCUCACCCAAGCUCUUGAUCCACUAUAUGGAUAGGAUCUUUGCGGAUGAGGGGGGAUAA